CUCUCUCUCUCUACUUUCUCUCUCUAAACUAUAGUAUUGUUCACAGAAGAAGAAGAAGAAGAAGAUUGCAUAGAGAUCAGGAUUUUGGUGCAGGUUCUUGUUCCAUGAGUAGUGGAAAGGAAUAUUCCGUGAUGGAAAGGGAGUAUUGGAAAUCAGACGACGGCGGCGAUGCAUCUCCGCCGGCGGCGGCGUGUCCGAGGUGUGGUUCUUCGAACACAAAAUUUUGUUACUACAACAAUUACAGCUUAACUCAACCCAGGUUCUUCUGCAAAGGCUGCAGAAGGUACUGGACCAAAGGCGGUUCCCUCAGAAAUGUCCCCGUCGGCGGCGGUUGCCGCAAAACCCGCCGGAGGGGACAGAGGACAGUUACCAAUCCGGCUGGGAAUAUUCAAUCCACCACCAACUCAAUUUUAUCAGGCGGCGCCGCCCCUCAUGGUGAUUCAACCAGUAUUGAUCUUGCUGCAGUUUAUGCGAAUUUCCUCAACCACCACCACCACAAUCAGCAGACGCCGCCGCCGCCGCCACGUCAGCCACCUGAGAUUGUUAUCAAUGAUCAUCUUAUUCCUCAAUUACCGCCUGAAGGGAUUUUGAAUAUUAAUCCAGCUUCAAUAAUGGAGUUUUCCGGAUUUGAUCAUCAGGCUUUGAACCAACAGGGGUUUUUUGAAUGUGGGUCGCCUUUUAUUACCGAUCAUACUAGGUUAAUGUCGGAGAGUAGUGCUAGCGCGCCGCCGCCAUUGUUAGGGUGUGGGAGCUCCAUGUUUUUUGACGGGUCGUUUCAGAAAUUGCCCGAUGCAGAAGGAAAUAAUAGUUUCUUUAUUAAUGGCGGCAGUUGUCUGAAUUCGAUAUUGCCUCCAUUGCCGGGUGAAGAUUUGGCCGCCGCCGCCGCCACCUCCGCCGCUUCUGAAAGGAUGUUGUGGCCGGAUUCCGAUGUAGUAUUACCGCCGUCGAUGCAUGAAACAACCGGAGAUCAGGAGGCGGUGGAACCAGGUUGUGGAAAUUUGAGCCCGUUUAGUGAUGGGUUGAAUCUUGAAGCUUUUUUCAGGUCUUGA